AAGCACUCCCACCCUCUUUAGAACAUGGAGAGCUGUCAGUGGGGCGGGGCUGGAGCAUAGUUGGUGAGGAAGAGGAGGUUCCUACCCCAAACAUUGUUCUACAGUUCCUCACAGAAAGCCCUGGGCCGGCUGGGACCUGGCUCAGAGAGGGAAGGGAGAGAGAUUCCUCUGGCUUUUGGAGAAGACCAGCAGAAAGUCUGUGAGGCCCUAAAACUAUAGGCCCUCAACCACACCUUCUCCCCUCCAAGGAUGACGAGGGAGCUACUCAUCCCUUUGGUCAGCUGCCUCCUUGUCGUAAACGAGGCCAGCCUCAUCCAUCGCUGUGACUUGGCCAGGGUGCUGUACCAGCAAGACUUGAAUGGGUUUGAGGGCUACUUCCUGAGUGACUGGCUGUGCCUGGCUUUUAUAGAAAGCAACUUCAACAUAUCAAAGGUAAAUGAAAAUGCAGAUGGCAGCUUUGACUAUGGCCUCUUCCAGAUCAACAGCCACUACUGGUGCAACGAUUACAAGAGUCACUCGGAAAACCUUUGCCAUGUGGACUGUCAAGAUCUGCUGAACCCCAACCUUCUCUCAGGCAUUAACUGCGCAAAAAUGAUUGUGUCCAGAUCCGGGGGGAUGAACAAAUGGGUAGAAUGGAGGUUGCACUGCGCAGGCCGGCCACUCUCCUACUGGUUGACAGGAUGCCACCUGUAAUGAAACAGGGUGCAGGCCCGCUGUAGAGUCAUUCCAGGACUCCUGUCCUCACUUGGAGGUUCUUUGUUUCUUCUUCCUCUUGCCUCCGCUUCAUGUUUUCUUCCCUUCCCAUUUCCAAGUAAAACUGAUCAGAGCCCUGGGAAUAAAUGGUUUUCUUGGGCUUCCUCCUUGUUCGCAUCCAGGCCCGGUCCCAUGGUUCCUGUCUGUCAUUUGCAAAACCAAGAGAACCACAAUAAAGAAAUGUAUAGUUUUUGAAUUAUUAAAGCAGUGCCUAUGCAAAGAAUAGGCUAAUUUA